UUGCAUCUCUAGCCGCCGCUUGACACUUUUCUUUGGCUGCAUACGGCAACGACGACAAGACAACAUCGCAACUGUAGAAUUUUGUUGUAACAUUUAAGCAUAUUGAUUGCAUGGAGAACAAAGUUUUCUAAUCGAAUAAUUGCAAGUGCGGAGUGCACAAUUAGAAUACCAUGGACGUGGACCUCAGCCUAGAUGAAAUAAUCGAGCGCAAGCGCACACACAACCCCCCUCCCCGGGCCAAUGAAAAAAGACUCAAUGCAGUUCAAAUGAAGCCUCGAAAGCCGCUUAACAAGCCGGCCGGACAUCAGCGUACAUUCGAUGCACGUAACAAGAUAAUACAAAAGACGCGCGCCAAAAUAGUCGAUGCACGCGAUAUACUCAAUCAGAAUAUACGCGACUCUGGCAUCGAUGCCCGCAACGUGCUGCUCGAGCGGAAGAAGGAGCGCAUGCCAUUGCCCAUGCCCCUGCCACCACAAUCAUCGCGCAUGCAAUCGCGAGUAACUGGCGUUGGUCGUGCUGGAGCUGGAGUUGGAGGAGGUGGCGGUGGCAUUGGAGGCAUUGGAGGUGGCGUGCACAAAGGACGAUUUGGUCAACGUAUAAUUACAGUCGGAAAUCGGCCGGGCGCUAUGGUGCAAACACUUUGGGAUCCCAAGGAUGAAAUGCCAACACACAGUGGCUACAAAUCGAGUCGUCUCAAUGCUGCCGCCAAGCCAUUUGUGCCACGCGGCUAUGUGGACUAUGACAACAUGCAGCAGCUGGAGGAUGAGGAAAUUGCACGCACGCUGCACAUGGGCAGCUACAACAGCAGCCAACAGGCGGGAGUGGCGCGUCCAAGGCUGGCACGUGCCUAUGAUGGCUAUGACCUCGAAAUGGACGGUGUGGAAAUAACAUCGCCAGGCGGCAGCAACACUAUGGCCGCUGAUCCCUUUUCCAUUUACGAAUCGGCACGCAAUCGUGUAGAGCGACCCUCGCUGCCACCGCCACCGCUUGGCCAUGUUGGCCAUGGUGAUAAUGGCGAGCAACUGUUUGAGCGGCGACAGCGCAAUUUGGUGGCAACAUCCAAUUUACCAGAUUCGCUACGCGCCCGCCUUUUUGGCAACGAGCCCGACCGUCGCGUCUCCCAUGGCAUCUAUGCCAAUGAGAAUGGCAGCGGACAUCAGGCUGCAGCCGGCAUGUCAUCAAUGAAUAUGCACCAGCGUCGCAGUCCGCCAUCGAUGUCAAUGCCGUUGCCACUGAGCGUGGUGAACAAUAAGCCCGGCUAUCGUUUGCUUGUUAGCAAUCUGCACACAAAUGUCACAACAGCCGACAUAAGGGAGCUGUUUAACGACAUUGGACCAAUGUACGAUGCUCAUGUGGUGCGUCCCGGCACCGCCGAGGUCAUUUACAAGUCGCUGGAGCAUGCUGAGAUGGCUGUGGAUGCCUAUCAUCAGCGUGAGUUCGAUGGCCAGCCUAUGCACUGUGUCCUGGUCAAUCCACACUCAUCCAAUCGCAGUGCCCACUCGGUGAGCUCUCGCACCGUGACCACCAACUCGUCGGGUGUGGAGGUGGACAUUGAUGCCCUACACUCAGUACUCUUUCGGGAUCGUUAAAGCAACCGGGGAAACGCCUUCUUCAUCCCAGACACUACAUUAAACAUUUCAUCAACAAACAUCCCACGAUUUAUCAAAGCAUCAAUCAUCACACACACUCAUCUCUAAAUUCUUUCCCCUUACUUAGACAUAAGUCUGCAACAAAAACACAUUUUGUAUUCGUUGGUUAAACGAUAUAUAACCGACGCCAGCUCAGUAAACAGAUAGCCAAGUUUAUAUCCAA